GAAAGAUUAGAAAGAAAUCACACAAACCCUAGCACUGUAAGCCUACACCACCGCCGCAAGGAGUGGAAUACUGCCGCCGUCCGUCGCACUCAAAGUUCGCCAUCCGUCAUCUAUCUUCCCUCGUGCUCCAAGUCUUCAACCCCUGUUCGCUGUCACCGAUCGCGGCUGCUUCCUCGAGCUCGGCGUCCGUCGUCUUUGUCUGCUCAGCCGUCCUUCCGUCGUCGUUUGUUUGCCGUUCACGUUCACGUCUUCGUUCAGCUGUCGUCUUCGUUCGCGUUCUUCGCCGUUCACGUUCGCUCGGCGUUCACCGUUCGCGUUCACUCGCUGUUCACCGUUCGAGUUCGCGUUCGUCUGGAAGCCACGUUGCUCCGCUUCAAACUCUGCGACCAACCCGCGCGCUCCACCCAGCCGUCGACGAACUGCUCUCUUUUGUCGCCAUUAACGAUAGGGUUUAAAGAGAUUCUUCCUUUAAUUAUUUGGGUUGACAAAGUGGCCCAACGGCCCAAGGGUCCAAGAGAACAAAAAGAGGAAUACAAAAAAAAUCACCCCUUCCUUAGGCCGGAGCAAGGAACAGCAACAUCCGCCGUGUCACGGAUCAGGUUACUGGAGGCAAAUGGCGUACUGGAACGCCCGGCGCAUCCUAGCAUCUACGCUCUCACGGGCUCUCUCUUCGUCUUCCUUUGCACCUGCAACCAUUUCUCGAUCUCGUUCUCGCUUGCCAUUUGCUCUGUGUGCCGCCAAACAAACCCUACUGGUUCCUGAUUGUGCGAGGCUCCACGGGGUUCGGACCAAAUCGUCGGGUUCGGGUUACUCGCCGCUGAACGAUCCCUCUCCCAAUUGGAGCAACCGUCCUCCCAAGGAGACUAUUCUUCUCGAUGGCUGCGACUACGAGCAUUGGCUCAUCGUCAUGGAGUUCCCCGAGAAUCCCAAACCCUCCGAACAACAAAUGGUUGAUGCCUAUGUCAAAACACUAGCUCAAGUUCUUGGAAGUGAGGAAGAGGCUAAGAAGAAGAUAUACUCUGUUUCCACUACUACAUAUACUGGUUUUGGCGCCCUCAUUUCCGAAGAGCUUUCUUACAAAGUUAAAGAGUUACCUGGAGUUCUUUGGGUGCUGCCGGAUUCAUAUCUUGAUGUUCCCAACAAGGACUAUGGAGGUGACUUAUUUGUUGAUGGGAAAGUGAUUCCAAGGCCGCAGUAUAGAUAUUCUGAGAGGCAACCAACUAGGAGCAGACCUCGGCCACGGCAUGACAGGCGUCGUGAAACAAUGCAGGUUGAAAGGAGAGACCCUGUUCAAAGACAAGACUGGAACCAAAGUCAGGGAGGACCUAUGCAGCAAUCGACUCCAAUGAACAGUCAAAACUCUCCUUCUGGUGGACCAAAAUGUUAAACAUGAUCUCUGCUUGACAAAUUUCCCCCAUAGUUAUAGUGGAGAAUUCUGAUUUAAGUUCUGAAUCUGCGGCAUGUUGUAUGUCCAUGGUUUUUUGUUUGGAAAUGACUCUGCCUGAACUUGGACAUCAUAUGAUUAGAAUCUUUAGUAUCAUUAUGAUGAUGUGAUAUCCAAUUCAGAUCGUUUACUAUUAAAUUGAUAAACUUUUGGUUGAUUGUACUUAGUA